AUGGAUGCCCAUAUAUCAUCGCACGAAUCCCUCCUCGCUCGUGCUGACUCGAGCGGGCGCCCAUCCUAUUACAAGGCCAUCGGCGUUUCUCUUGCGGUCGCAUCGGGCGUCUUUAUUGGUGUAUCGUUCGUUUUGAAGAAGAUUGGCCUUCUCAGGGCAAAUGUCAAGUACAAUGAAGAAGCUGGAGAGGGAUAUGGCUAUCUGAAGAAUGUCCUUUGGUGGACUGGCAUGACCCUGAUGAUUAUUGGCGAAAUCUGCAACUUUGUUGCCUACGCUUUCGUCGACGCUAUCCUGGUCACACCUCUAGGUGCCUUGUCCGUGGUGAUUACUACGAUCUUGUCUGCAAUUUUUCUCAAGGAACGACUGAGCUUUGUGGGCAAAGUCGGCUGCUUCUCAUGCAUUGUUGGGUCAGUGGUGAUUGCGAUGAAUGCGCCCGAGCAGUCCUCAGUCAGCAACAUUCAAGAAAUGCAACACUAUGUUAUCGCGCCUGGAUUCUUGACGUACGCAGGUGUCAUCAUUGUCGGAUCUAUAUUUACUGCCUUCUGGGCAGGUCCCCGUUAUGGCAAGAAGAGCAUGUUCGUCUACAUCAGCAUUUGCAGCAUGGUUGGUGGUUUAAGUGUGGUAGCGACCCAAGGUCUUGGAUCGGCGAUUAUAGCCUGGAUCGGGGGAGAGCCACAGUAUAAACAGUGGUUUCUCUGGGUUUUACUUGUCUUCGUUGUUUGCACAUUGCUGACGGAGAUUAUCUUCUUGAAUAAAGCGCUGAACAUUUUCAAUGCAGCCCUCGUCACGCCGACCUACUAUGUCAUGUUUACCAGUGCCACGAUUGUAACCUCUGCCAUCCUGUUCCAAGGAUUCAAGGGUACUGCCACGGAAAUCGCAACUGUGAUUAUGGGAUUCUUGCAGAUUUGCACCGGUGUCGUCCUUCUCCAGAUAUCGAAAUCAGCCAAGGAUGUUCCCGACGCUGCCGUCUUCAAGGGUGACUUGGACCAAAUUCGUGAGGUUGUCACCCAGGAGGAGCCAGAGUCGGAGCCCAGGGCAGACUCUAUCCGCGGUGCAGCCUCUAUCAUUCGCCGCAUCUCGACUGCUCGUCGCACCAUGGAGUCCGAUGAGGCUCGGCGCUUCUUCCACGAUAAACAUGAGGAUACCCUCAAACCUCCGGGUGAAAACGAAAUCAUUGAAUGGGACGGCCUCCGCCGGCGGAAAACUGUCCUCGGAGAAGGACCUACGAUGUCUCGUACAUCCACCCCUCGAUCACCCUCAAUCAAGCAACAAUUCCCACCGCUCGGCAUGUCCCACUUCCCUGAUCCAGAGGAUGAAGAUGAAAGACCAACCACCAAGCAAAGCGGACAUUCAUUCCUCUCUGACACUCGGUCCCGAAUGUCAAGUCUGCGUCACAAUCAGCAGUGGAUUCCAUUGAAGGAACAGGACGAAAAGAAUGCCGGGCUACAGGGUACUCCAGGGACUCGGGAUGGCGACGUGAUUGACACGGAAUACCAUGGUGCUGCGGCCACCCGCUUUGGCCGUGAGCGCAGCGACACCCCUCGAUCCAUUGCCUGGGCUGAUGAGAAAGUCGAUGAACCGAGUCUUGAGCCUCCAGUAAACACCGCGCGCCGUCAAUUCUCCUUCAACAGCAUGCUGAGCCGCAUGAAACCACAUCGUGAUCCAUCCCCCAAGCGCCCUGCCAGUCCACCCCGUGGUAUUCUUCGUCGGACCACAAACUCAGGGACGGAAGAAGAACGACUGGGUCUUGUGAAGGGUGAUUCUCGAACACAGCAGCCCGAGGAGAGUCUUGGUGAGAAGUUGGAGCGCUGGUCGAGCAGCGAGUCGGAUGCCAAUGAAGUCCAACCCCAACCAUUACGCACCAGCCGCCCUCAUGGAGACUCUGUGUCGUCCAUGUCGACAGCAGCCUUCCCGCCGUACGAAGACCAUCAUCAUGCACUUUACUCUUCACCAGGUGCUUCUGCGUCGAAUCCUUACUAUCUUCCGCCGGUCCGACAAGCAGCGUCGCCAGAGCAUGUCGAGGAGUAUGAUGGCUGGCAGCUACCGCCCUCCAGCGCUCGCGACCGCAAUCGCACACGGACAAAUUCCUCAUCUCAUGGCCGCGCUCCACCACCAUCUCAGUCCUCCUUCUCUACGCACCGCCGUCCCAACCCUCUUCCACCUUUGCCCGAUGAGACUGCUAUGGGUGUGAGAUCUGUCUCGUCUGACUCGUCCGAUAUGGGGGUUGCUUCCAUAACCUCGUCUACAGAAGCUCAAGACACCGAGAACACUCGCCCUAUUCGCGUGUCUCGCCAAAACAGUGGCUGGCGUCGGCAUAUGUCUGAGCUGAGCAGUCAUGACGGCGAGCCACCAGAGGACAGAACGGACGGUCGGGGUGGCGCAUUUGUCUGA